CCAUUUGCAUGUGUCAUGGAGUCAGAAUUUUCAAAGUAAAUUUAUGAGAAUAAUAAAUUAAAUUUUUUUGAAUGUUUUAAAUGAUACAAAGGUAAAUAUUGGUGUCUGGUUCAUUUUUAAACUUAAAAUGUCACUACUUCUUCUUCAAGAAGAGUAAGCAUCUGUUUGUCUGCUACUGAGAGUGACGACUGUCGUCGAAAGAAAGAAAACAAAGUUUUUGGAAGCUCUUCCGACCAGGAACCAGUGCUGCUUUAACGUGUUGUCUGUAUACUCAAGAAUCAGAAAUGGCAACCAAUGACAGUUCUCUGGCUGAAUUAAAACAGUUGCUGGUUACUGGCUCUAAUCAUGCUGCUUGGAGUGGAGAUCACCUUGUUCGUUUCUUGGUUGACUGGUAUCAACGCAAUGAACGAGAAGUUCACUGUAAUACAGUGCCACCGCCACCAGCAGAAAGGUUGCCCAGACUGAGUCUUAGUCCAUCUGAAUCAUUAUUAAACUCGACAUCGAUAAUACCUAAGUUGGUGAGCGAAGGAAAAGCUGACAUCAUCAUAGAUACUCUGCGGGCGUACAGUCAACUGCCCUAUGUGGACAAGGAAGCUGUGGUUUUGUGUUUAGCUGUAGCAUCUAAACAAGGAGACCAAAAGAAGCUUGUCACUGAUGCUCAUUCUGCAGUGAGAGAACUAUGCAGGAGCACCCACCUUUUCUUCCUCUUCAUCCAGAUUUCAAAGAUGAUAUCGAAGAAAUCUGGUCAUACUGGCUGGGGUCGUGGCCUUCGGAGAGCUGUAAAUGAAUGGUAUCUUAGUUGGGAACCCCAGCGUUUGGCUUUGGAGGUAACUCGACACUCAAGUGCUCAUGGCUGGACUCAUCGCGAUGUCAUUAGACUUGCACAUCUCAAACUGAAAGAAAUGCCUUUAGGUACACAGGUUGUGUUGCACUAUGUAUUCAUGGGUCUGGAAAAAACAGUUAAAGAGUACUCGGGCAAGGACAAUACCAGUGGCCUUUUGGACCUCAUGCAAAUCUUAGAUAAAGAUGGACAUCCAAAAGAUGGUGAAGGUGACUGGGAUGUAAAUCAAGUUAUCAACAAAGUUAAUAAAUUACAUGAAGUGUUUGGCAGCGUUACAUUAGAUGAUGUUCCUUCACAGAGCCUCAAAUCAGCUGAAGUAUGGUCUCAUAUGCUUGAUAAGUUGGGAGGAGAGUCUGCAUUGGCUAGUGUCAAUCGCAUGUCCAAGGCAGGUUUGCUAAACCCUGGACCAGAAAAUGAUGCCCUCCCUGCAAAACUGGGUGAUCGGCUAAAGCAUGAAGACCUAACAAAAGGAAGUAUAACACCAACUCAAGUUCUCAUGGCCCUUCAUGCUUAUGAGCACCCAACCAGGUAUGUAGGGGAGGGAGGUGCAAGAAGGGCAGGCAAAUCCCCUCGACUAGCUGCUAAAGUUCAAGUUCGGAGGCCUGGUAAAGUGAAUCCAUUAGUUAUCGAUGCACUCCAUUCACUUAUUGCUUCAAGUGCAAAGAGUAUUCAAAUGACAUCACGCAAACUGGCUGUUUGCAUUGAUGUGCGUGCAUCUGUGGGCACUUCACAUGUACACACAGGCAACCCUGAAGGAAAAGGAGAAGUAUCAUGCUAUGAAGCAGCUGCAGUAACCGUCCUGUCCCUUACAUCUGGAGGGACCAACCCAGCGGUGUCAACACUUGCUUUUUCAGGCAACAGUUUGGUAGAGUUGAAGGUACCUGAAGGAGCAACUAUUAGUAUGAUGUCUGAGAAAUUCAAGGAGACUGUGAUUGGUCCUGUUAAUGUGGAAGCAGCUUUGAACUGGGCAGUUGAGAAGAAAGUGGAAACUAUGGUUGUUGUCAGCCUCAAAUUUGACCCCCACUAUAUUGCUGAAAUUUUAAAACAAGUAAAUAAGAAAAACAAUGCACAAAUAAGAUUGGUAUUGUGUGGAUUCGUUGGGAAAUUUAUGGAGGCACCUCGAACAGAGAACUUUCUUCUUGCUCUUGGCUUUGAUCAGCGAACACCUUGCAUCAUAAGGGCUUUCCAUGAAAGACACUUUUAAACAAUUUUGGAAAUUGAAGGUAUUGACACCAUAGCCUUCAAACAGCGCUUAAUUUUAUGGUUGAAUGUGAUGAAGUAAUUAUGAGAAAGAAAUUCUAAACUGAUGCUGUAUAAGAGAAUGUGAGUAAAACAAAUUUAUUUCUGAUGAAUGUCAGUUAGAGAGCAGUGAUUCAUAUCUAGUAAAUUACAGACAUCAUUUUUGGAAGAAGUUAUGGUUGGUUAGAUUUUAUUAUGAGGUAUGUAUUAGGUACUUUAUACAUGGGAGGAUCUGUGAAUUAAGGCAGAUACAUUGAUUACUUUAAUCAGUAAUGUAUGUUAUCUGAAUUUACUUAAGGUAUGAAAGACCUGUAGAAUGUCAAGGUAAUUGUUAGAAGUUUAUACAAUCAACAUUUCUGCAAGGUUGGAAUUGAUAUGAAUCAUACUAAUUUUGUGUCAUUAAAAUAGUUUUUUACUUGCUCAAUAGGGGUUUGUGCUCAACUUCCCAGUUAAUGUUCACUUACUUCAUCUCUAUGAUAGAUUAUGGGGUGUUUGAUGACAUUGUUUAUGUAAUGCAGUUUCUGUUUUGGUUAGGCUUAUUGCAUUUGCUUCAGCAUUUAUGUUAAUGCAUUGUUUUGUUCAGUUGAUGAUGUGUUCUUUCCUCAGAAAUUGUACUAUUUUUCACUAAUAGGUGAUGUCAAUACAAAUUCACUUAUAGAUCUCACUGUCUGGGGUUUUUAAUAAUUGCUCUUCUUGAUGCCAGUUUUUUUAGCAGUGGGAGUAUUACUGAACUUCAGAGGAUUUUAGUAUACCUCUUUAAUUAUUUAGUUGUUGGCAGAAAUUCUUUGACAAAUCUAGAUAUACUUUGAAGGAAAUAUUUCUGAGCAUAUUUUAAUUUUAUUGUUUAUAUACACAGAUACAUGAAUAAUUAUUACAAUGUUUUUAAUAUUUGUUCAGUAUUGUAAAAAUGGGAGAUGAAAUUACUUUUUUUUUUAUGUAGCCUAGCCAGCUUUUAAACCUAGUGGUAACGUGGAUGCUAUGUAUUCAAGUUGUCUGAAUUUUUAAAUUGUAAAUAUGGAUUUGCACUGAAAGCUUGAACCUUAAGGCUUCCUUCUGUUUAUAUAUCAGUAUCAACCUGAAGUUUUAAGCCAUUUUACAGGUCACUUACAAAUUAUUGUGAAUUGCAUAGUACAUCUCAGUAAACUCUGAUCAAAUGAUAUAGUAUGUCUUUUCAUAUUUUUUGUAAAGUAGUUGGUUAGCAUGCAAUUAUACCACCACGUGCAAUAGGUUACGUAAUACUAUAGUAGGUUUUAGUUUGCAAUUUUAAUGGUUCUGGCAGGUAUGGUAAAUUAUGACAAAAUAAAAUUAAAAAUAAGCUUCUGUGUAAUAUGUCAAUAGACAGUAUUUUUAGUACAAGUUAGUUUUGUGCCUUCAUUUUGGUUGAGAUUAUGUAACUGCAUUUAACAAAAUCUUGUUUACAGAACUGGUGCUCGCAGUAGGCAAGCAUUUUUUUUAUUGCUAAAAAAAGAUAUGUAGACCAUGUAAACAUUUUUUAAUAACCUUACCUAUAGGAUCAUGGAUUUCAAAACAAAUAUGGAGCCGUUUUUCCAGCCCAUGUCUCAUUAAAUAGUUCUAAGGGAGGCAGCAAUAUAGGGGAAGAGUAGUGAGUGGUAGCAUGUUGUACAGGGUAUAACAUUACUCACUCUUAUUAUGAUGAAGUACAAGCAAUAUACAUUUGUAAUAACGUCCUAAAUGUAACUAAUGUAGAAUAGUGAAUCCUUAAUUAUAGUGACUCUUAAUGGAUAAGUUAAUUUACCAUUUCUAACCAUAUGAGUUUGUUUAAUACUUUAAGCAAGAAGUAGUCAAGUUCCUUGAGCUUCUAAGUCCGUAAGAGUAGAUUACAAACUAAAUUUUAGCUUAAGUCACCUUUGUAUUUGUGUUUCAGUCAUGAAUCUUGAUCACUUUUAUUUAUAGUUUCAGUUCUUGUGGAAAAUGUACAAAGUGGUCAUGUAGAAUGGAAUUUGUGCAAGUUUACAAAAUUUGACAUAAGUGUGCUUAAGGUACAAGUUUACUAUACGUACUUGGUAUGAACAGUGCUUGGGAUAUACACUUAUAUUGGUAAUAUUGACAGGGAAAGUCUCCUAAAAUUCAGCCAUAUCUGCUGUCUAUGUGAACUUGCAGAAAGGCAAGGUUUCUAAGAACAUUUUUUUUUUACGGUGUAGGUGUAUUUUAAAAGGUGUCAAGUAAAGUAUUUGUCAGAUAAAUUGCUUUACUUGGAUUUGUAUUUAAAUUGUGUAACUAAUGCAUUAACAUUUAUCAUCUGAAACAAAUGAGUGGGGGACUUAUUUUAAUAUAACUGUUUUACAUUCUGUGAUUAUUAUUUGAGAUACAAGUAAAUAUUAAGUUUUUAACCAAUUAUCCACCAUAACUUCUUCCAUUUAUUUAUUUUAGUAUUAGAUUGAUAUUAAAGUUGUAAUACUUGCUAGGUAUGAAAUGAUAAGGUACUGUAAUUUAAGCUUCUUCACUUAAUAUUUAUUGUUGUGGAAUCUCCGUAUAUAUUUAUCCCAUGUAAAGUUAAUGAAGCGCUGAGAUGUUUUUCACAUGUGACGAAGUGAUCUCAGGACCUUGAAUUUCUUUCUUGAAUUCAGAAAUGGAGGCUAUUGUGCUUUGAAUAGCAAGACCAUUUCACGAUAUGUGACUACAGUUCUUUAGCUGUGAUGAUGAAGGAUAUUUUACUCAUGAGUGGAUUAAAACUGAGUGUCUCUAUGAAGUAAUCAUUAUUCUUUGUGGGUUGGGUUUACCGUAGCGGUGAUAUUUACUCCUUUAAUUGUUGCCGUAGUUUUGCAGCUUUAGUUGAUAUUGUCUUCUUUAGCAAUAUUCCAACAUUCAACCAAAGAGUAUUUUAUGUCUUUUACUGUAUUUGGUUGAGGAUAUUGUUCUUCAACUUAUUUCUUGUUUCAGUUUUAAAAUUCUUGCAUGAGCUAAAUUAAAGGUGUGGAAGAUAGGUUAUGUUAUUUCUUUUAGUCUUGCUAAAUACGGUGUUUUAUAGUCAGUUAAUCGAAUCUCAUUGACAUAUGAAUAUUACAAUAUACGUAUAUCUGCUUAUUCUUGCAUCUAUUGUAGAAAAUAGAAAUUAUUUUAGGUAAAGAUUAAAAGAGUGGAGUUAUUUAAUUUGCAGUUUUUUUUAUUAUCAAUACAGUAGACCCCUUUCUAACUGAAUUCAGUUAUGUGCAUACACCAAUUAUUAGAAUUUAAGAAAUAAUGGAAUUUACCAUGGACACUCACUCAUAUAUGUAAAUCAGCUAUUUACUGAAGGUGUAAAUGGGCUUUAUGAGUUCCUUGCACUUUCUUUUGCAGAGUUUAGUGAACAAGAGUUCAAAGGUAGUGGUGAUGGUAAAGGGUAUGUGCAACCAAAAAGAACCUGUAAAGUCCUUGUUUAAGCAAGGAAGACAAACAAAAGAAAGCAGUGUGGACAGACAGAUUUUAGAUUUCCUAUUUUAGGAACAAAGUUAUGAAAUACAAUUCAUUUUGGGUUCAAAGAGUGAAAAUUGCCCAUCUGUUCAAUGUAGCAGUCAUACAUCCCCUGCAACAAAUAAAUGUUCCAAAUUCACCCAAAGCAGCUGAACUGUCUGACAAUACAGGGCAUAAUCUAGCAAAUUGCAACACAACACACAUGUACGCUGCUGUUUAAUAUGGGUUUUUGCUACCUAAUGCAUAUGUGAGGAGCUUGGAACAAAUUCCAUAUAUGUAAGGCUGGGCCACAUUACACGUCAGCAACCAAUCUAAUGUCUGUAAGUUUUGUGCUACUUACAUCAGUAAAGUGGCCCAAGUUAUCUGUAUGUCCAGCAUUGAAUUUACUUAGAUAGGGGAGUGGAAACCACAACCUUUUAGUUAUAUACUCAGCACUUACCAUUCAGUUAUUGCAGUGUGUUUUCAGGGUUGAAAAUAUUUGAUUUUAAAGAAAUUGUUGGUGUUUGUAGAUAAUGGUGUGUUAUAAGUAUCAAAUUUUCUUUUGCUAAGUUAUUGUAAAUUUUUUUUUUUUUUAGGUACAGUUGACACUUAGUUGUUGGGGUAAACUACUUUAUGCUAACCAGCCUAAUAUCAAUUUCUUGAACUGUAACUCCGAUACCUCCUAGAUUAUAUGCAUUCUGUUUAGGAAGAUUGUGCUUCAGUUGCUAUUUUGUUUUACAACUGCAAAAAAUAUAUGGAUUUUUCCCAUUGCCUAUUGCAGCCUCCAAACUGUAAAUCUCGUGGACUUCCUCUCGCUAUAAAUCCACAUAACAUUUAUAUAUUCCAAUUUUACAGAGCUUGGAGACCUUUGUUAUUGUAAGUAGUUUACUAAAUAGUUCUGGUUAACUGAUUGGUAAUGCUGGGAUAUCAUUGAAGGGCUUUGUAUUCAAAUGUUUCCCAGGUGAGAUAAUAUUAUAUCUGGUUUUACUCAGAACUAGAUACUGUACGUACUAUUUGUUGUUUUCCUAUGUAAACACAAUUAUUUUCAUAGUGUUUACAAUAUAUUAUAAAGACCCCAACAGCUUUCUUAUGAAGCAUGUAUAACUGAUACACUGGUUGUACCUUUCAGCUUUGCAGCCACUCAGUAAAUGAAUGAUAAAGUGAAUAUUGUUCAAACUCCACAAUUUAAAUCUUUACAUGUUAGAGCAUGCUUAUAGGAUAUUAAAGUGUCUUUUUAAUGCAUGGCGUUCAGAUAUUGUACUAUGAAAUAGAUAAGGCUUGUAGAAUGAUCUGAAGAGUUGGGAUACUGGAUGGAUUGGUAUGCAAAUACUUGUGUGAAUAUUGUCAAGGGAAGGGUCUCCUAGUUUUAUUUAUGUAGAAUACAGUAUAUUCCAUUAAAACUUUGCUGCUCAUGAUUGACUACCAUAACAACUUGAUAUUUGUACUUACUUUGACAUUAAGCUUAAUUAUGGUACUUUGUCAAGUCAAGUGGGAAUGUGGCCAGAGAACAGUGUGAGGAAGUACAAUACUGUAUUUACACUGCCCAUAUAAAAUAAAAAGCAUUUUAAUAUUGCAGAUUAGAAUUUUAUAUUAAAAAUGGGAAGAACAUGAUUUUACACAAUAUUUCAAACAGUUUUGUGUUCAUAAAUUUAAAGAACUUCAACAGAAAUCAUAAUAAAACACUGUUCAUGGCUGGUGACUAUUAAUACUAAGUAUAUAUUUUUUGCACAUUAAAAACAGAUAAUUUGAGGAGUGGGUUUAGAAUGGAAAAUGGAUGUAAUUUCUGUAAGAGUGUAAAUAUGUGUUGUGAGACAUUCAGUAAUGCAGAUGAUGAUUUAAACAUUGCAUUUCAAGUACCACUAAGUAAUUGUAAAGGAGGCUAGUCUAUUUCAUACCAGGAGAUCCUUCCCUUUGGGUAAAAAGUAACUUCAGUUAUUGUGAUACAAAUGUAACUUGGAGAAAGUUACACAAACUCAUAAUGCAUUAUUUUCCAGAUAAAUAAAAUUCUAAGCAUUAUACAAACUACUAAUGCAUUAUUUGCCAGAUGAAAGAAUCCAGAGUAUAUAUCAGGUGUCAGGGAAGAGUACCUCUGUCUUAUAAAAGUUUUGAUAACUUGUUGCAGUUGCAGUGUAGACAAAAUAGAGCAUCUAAACAUUCAUUUAUUUGCAGGUAUUCACACACUUAAACACUAACUGCCUUGGUGUGAGUAAAUGCACCAAAUGUUGGAGUUUAUUGCUCUUAAGUUUGGCUACUGUGCAUUUUGGGAAAUUAUAUUUAUAUAACCAGCAUUAUGGCUGUAGUUUAAUAAGAUGUAGCUUAAGUAGUCAUGUAGAGUUCUAAAUGAAUGUAAGAGGUUUUAAGUUAGCCUUUUAUUUAUUAAUUAAUGGUAAUUACUUUUUGUGCAUGUCAGUUUUGCUCUGAGAGUACAUUAAAGCCUUUUAGAGUGGCAGAAAUCAAUUGUGCAAUGAAAUGUAACUAAAUGUUCAUCUUCUAGGAUUUCUUCUUCAAAAGGAAAAGAAUGAUGGCGUUCAUUUGAGUAGUUUCUUAUUUAGCUACCUCUUAAUGUGACAUUAUUACAGAUUUACAAUAAUCUAGUCUAACUAAUAACAUUACUGAAAAAAAUCUGUUAAAAUAUAUUUUUUUCUUAUCUUGUUGUGCUUAUCAUCAUCAAAUCUCUCAUAUUUCCAGUAGUGAUAGCAAUUAGAAUUUGUUUGAAACUUUCUUUCAGGGUCAGUUGUUUGAAAAUCUCAAGUUAGCUCUUAGCAAUUAGCCAGCAUAAAUUUUUUAUCAUUAAAUUCUUUGUAGUUUGCAACUUAUAUUUGGUUUUUAUACUGUAUUGCGAUAUUUUUAAAUUGCCUUUUCCUUUAUCGUUGGCAUCAAACAUCAUUAGUUUUAUGCUGAUGUAAAUGCCAUAAUUUUAUGCUGUUCCUUGUAAUUCAGUACUUUAGUUAAUCAUAUUUUUUAUAGCUUUAUUGAAGUUUUGACUAGAGCAUCAUUACUAUUCAUGUAUUUGUGAGGUUUGUCCUUUCCUUUUCUUCAUGAUCUUCUGGAUCUUCCAAUUAGUGUGUUUCCUGUUUCUUCCACACAUUCUACUAUGUUAACCAGUUACACCUCACCGCUUUAACAAACAGUCUUGAUUUUGAAAUAGUAAUGUAUUUUUCUAGGCACAGAAUACCUCCCCUGAUAAUCUCUCUCUUGUAGUAUAAUAUUCCGAGUUUAGUCCAACCAUCAGUCUUUGCAUAUUUUAUCAACUUUUUUGGAAUCUCUUCCAUUUUCAUUGACCUGGUGCUUGAUGGAUAUUAAUUCAAUUCAAUUAAUCAAUUUUUUUUAUGUGUCUUCAGUGGUGUAUGGAAGCAUAGGUCUUACCUACAUAUACAUCAGAGCUUUUUAUAUUUACUGAAACAUUUUUAUAUUCCCAUAAACAGCUUCUUGUGUUUAUUUUUGUUUUUCCCCUUAUCACUAUCAUUAUAUUAUAUGUGAAUACUCAGCCUUUCCCUUUAAAAUACAGCCAAAAAGUAUAUAACCAAGGACACAGAGAUUUUGUACUCUUUCAAGGUUCUUCCUGUAUCAUAACAAUCCAUGAUAUGUGUGCCGUUAGCUUUUAAACAUUCUGGUUACCAAAUGCCUUUUAUUCCAUGUACAGUAAUAACCCAAACUUACGCGAGGGGGAAGUUUCCCGUAAGUUUCGCAUGAUGUCUAAAAAUGCCAAUAAAUGCUUGCUUCUAGAGUUUGAACACUAAUAUGGCCAUAAUCAUGCUCCCUAAGUAUUAUGCUAACUUUUAAAUGAAAUUAAAGUUACUAUAAUUUCAAUUAUAAAAGAAGUUUUCUUUGGGUCACUAGGUAAACUUCAUAAGUCAGUCAUAAUGAAGGUACAAUUCAAUAAAAUAAAGAAAAUAUGUCAAUUUAAAAUUAUGUACUAGUGAGAGAGAGAGAGAGAGAGAGAGAGAGAGAGAGAGAGAGAGAGAGAGAGAGAGAGAGAGAGAGAGAGAGAGAGAGAUGUACAUAAUGUGAGGUAAAACUUUGGAGGGGUAUCCUCUUUAAAAAGUGCAAAUGGAUCACAUUCUGAAAGUACAUUAACUGUUAGUGCUGUAAUUACGUAACAUAGUACUUACAGAUUGUACCAGCACUUUUCUCUGAAGUUAAGAUUGUAAUUUUCAUAGAAUGACAACUCUGUUAUAUGUCUGAUAUGUUUUACUAGUUGAUCAUGGCAUUCUUAUAUAGUGACAAACACUGAAUUACUUACUGCCUGUGUAUAUAUUUUCAAAAAUAUAAAUAGCAUACACAAAAUUUCCAUACAGAUUUUAUGCUUAAAAGCAGGAAAACUUAGACUAAUUGUAGUAUACUAGUACAUACUUCAGAAAUUAAAGUUUCUGAAGGGAUAUCAUCUUUGAAAAGUGCAGUAACUGUGAAUGGGUAUCGCAUCUUGUAAAAGUACUUAUAUGCACUAACUGGUAGGUGCUGUAAUUAUCUUUGUAUCAUUUAUAUAUUUACAAAAAUAAAAAUAAUACAUUUUUAAUAAAGAUUUUAUACAGAAAAGCUUUAAAACUUAAAAAUUUACAUAAUAAAUUGAACACAAACACUUUUGCAGUGUUUCUAGUGGAUUCGCAAAUGUUUGCGCUAUUGUGAAGAACUCGUGUAUGAUAAUUAGUUAGGUUCCAAUGAAAAGUUCAUGCUAUUGUGAAUUCAUGCAAAUCGAAUCGCGUUAGUUCGGGGUAUUACUGUACAUUGCACAGUCUUAAGUAUCUGUGACAUCCUAUGUUACAUUUGGCACAUGGUAUUAAGGUCACCCUACUAAAGUAAGCAAAAGUACUUAUAGCUGAUCUAUCAUGCUGACAAAAUGUAUCUUUUUAUACUAGCCUCCCCGAAGUAACUUGAGAGUUCUGAUAAUUUACAUAAGUAAUUUACUCUUAAGCUGGCUUUUUGUGACUAUGGCAUUUCUUUACUUGAGGCACUUUUCCUGAGAAUGAACCUCUUCCAUUUCAUAUUCCUCUGAUGCUGUUGAAGCACAGACCACUUAGUGCCCAAUUCAAAUUACAAAAUCUGUAUGUGAAACUCUUAAUUUCAUAGGUAAUCCAGCAUGCCCAGUACAUAUAUGAUACAACAUACUGAUUACCCUGCUUAUUUUUUUUUUACUGGUGUCAUGACUAAGUUAUUAGAGCUUUACUCCUGAAUAGAUAAACCCAUAGUUACAAAGGUAGACUAACUCAAACAAGUAAAAAAUGCACUAAAGUUUCUUCGGCGUGGUCGAGUUUUCUGUACAGCGUGUAAUCAAGGCCACUGAAAAUAGGUCUAUCUUUCGGUGGUCUCAGUAUAGUUGUAUGAACCGCAGCCCAUGAAACUUUAACCACAGCCCAGUGGUGGCCUGUCCUAUGUUGCCAGAUGCAUGACUAUGGCUAACUUUAAUCUUAAAUAAAAUAAAAUAAAAAAUGAGGCUAGAUUGCAGCAAUUUGUUUUUUGACAGUUGGAGGGUGGAUGAUCAACAUACCAAUUUCCAACCAACUAUCCUUAGUAGUUUUUAAGAUCGGAGGGCAGACAGGAAAAGUGUAGACUGACGGACAAAGCCAUCUUAGUAGUUUUCUUUUACAGGAAACUUACGAAUAUUAAGUUGUGACUUACAGAUACAUGGCACAUUCAUUCUUAUGACCCAGCUUGUAGCAGAAAUAGUAUUCUAUCACUUGAGGUUCAUUCUUCAGAGAGGGGCCUACCAUCACUUGAGGCUCAUUCAUAAGAGAGGGGCCUAAUAUGUUCCGAAAGGUGCAGCUCAGCCUUGUAUGAAGAUGUUUGAUUGGUUUUGUUUUCAAGAACAAUUUUUACUAUAAUAUUUUACAAAACAGUACUGUGACUUAUGUUACUGUAGAAACUCUCCCUUUUGGAGAAUCAGUCUGCGUUUCCUAUAGUUCUCUGAACUGUUGAGUUUUAUUUUGUCAGUGACAUAUUUGAUUCUUUCUCUGAACUCAGUUACUGCUUUGAUUUAUUAGACCUUGGUAGUGUAUUCUAAUCUUCUAAUAUAGUGAGAUAUGCAUUUACGUACAUAUUUUAUUUAUUUUAUUGAUGUAUGAUACUCUCUUCAAUAAAUUGUAGGCAUUCUGGCCCAACUAUUGGGUGAAGUCAAACAAUGAUAGAGGCAUUUUGCUUCAGAAGAUGAACAUUUUUUUUUACAUUUCAAUUAAUGUUGUCAGCUGCAGUUUAUUAUGAAACUAUUUUAAUUUAUUUUGCAACAAAAGUAACUGAGGAUUACUUUCAUGCUCUCACCGUAAUAAUUAUAGGUUGUGGUGCAUGUUUCAUCACUGUAGGGGGUAAUGGUUCUUUGUCAUGAGCAAAGACUUUAUUAGGCUGAUAACAUAAUUUGUGGUGUUUGUUAAACUUUUUAUUAAUGGCGAUGUUUAGCUGAUGUCACUGGUGUGCAAAAUAUGAGUGUUUAUUGAUUAAUACAUAAUAUUGUUUGAUUUCUGUUGAUGUGUUAUGAGAUCGGCUGGAAUUAUUUUUAUUGGAGAGAAAUUUUGUGGUAGUACUGUCAGUCAGGUUUUCAGUUAAGAUUAAAGUAAUCUAGUGAUUUCAUAGUCAUACUUUUGUAAGUAUUGAGAAACUAUAGAUUUUUAUAUGUAACAUUUUAGGCAUAUAUUGUUAAAAGUGACUUUGCUGAUCAUUAGUAAAAAUAUAUUGUUGGAAAGAAAUUUCUUAUUGAAAGCCCUCUAUUGUAUUUCAUAAAUGAAUAUAUUGUAAUUUGUUCUUCGUCUUACAUGUAGGCAUAGUGUGAUAGUCUUAAUCUCAUAUCUUGAAACAUUACUUAUAGAAGUCGUCCAUAAAUAAGUAAAAAGUAAGUAAGAAGGCACUUGAAAGUGUCGACAUGUGCCAGAAAGUUGGAACUUAAUUUGUGUGGGUUUGGUAAAGUUAAAAAAAUGAUAAACAAAGGGCCCUUUGUAAUCUUUGGGAAUUAAAACCAUGCAAAAGGAAUUUCCUACCCAGAUGUUAGCAACCGUACGCAUUGCAUAUACGUACUACACUUUUACCAUUGUCCUUAGAUUGAUUACCCAAUGAAAAGUAAUCUUAUGCUAUAUUUUUGUUGGAAAAUGUGCAUUGAGAUUAAGAGGAAAAUACAUUUUGUGAGCAUUCCUUUUAUGUGUGUGUUGCUGAAAUUAAGGGGAAGUUCUUGAAAUUUUCAGCAUAAGUAAAAUGUAUUAUGAAGAGCCUAUAUUUUUGACAAAUAAAAUGUAUCAUGUGAUAUGCUUGAAGAUCACAGUAAUAUUAGUUAAUGCUCAGUUCUUCGUUAUUAUUGUAAAAAAAGAUUAUCAUGGUAACUAUAAAGUAUUUUCUGUAUACUAUUGGGCCGUGCUGUCAUUAUUGGUUGAAGGUGGGAGAUAUAUUGGAAGUUGAUGUUUCUCUUAGUUUCUGGAAUUACGUUAUCUAAAAUUUAAGUGCAAUGAGGUAUAUAACUGUAAUACAGUGUUCCACCUGUAUUCGCGGGGGAUGGGUAUCAGACCCCUCUGCGAAUAGCUGAAACCCCUAUACAAAUGCAUAAAACUGCCUAUUUUCUUAGUUAAAACUCAAGAAAAACCCACUAAAAAUGUUUAUACCUGUUUUUUUUUUUAUUAGUUUUAUCAUAACAAGUGCAUUUUAUGAUGAAAUUGAUAGAAAAAAAUAACCAGGAAUUUGUGGAUAUUUUUAAUGGAAAAAUACAGCAAAUAGGCAAAUUUUCUGCGAAUAAAGGGGCUAUAUAUUCCAGAGAGAAAUCCACGAAUAUGAGAGUCCGCGAAUCCGGAGCCCGCGAAUACGGGGUAUUCACUGUAAAGGCAAUGAUAAAGUUCUAAAUGUGUGUAAUAUUUCUUACAAUUUGUUUUGUUAAUUUUUAGUAACUGCUUCAGAUAAUGUAUGAUUUUGGGAGAAGUCAUUUUGCUAUGUAGAUCAAACAGUUUGGAAAUUUUCCAUUCUUGGCAUUGAGUGGUAUAUAUAUAUAUGUAAUCCAUCAAUGAAAUUACAUAUGGUGUAAAAUUACUCAUUAGAAAAUGCUAUUACACUGAGAUUUUGUUCUUUAUGUUGAAGGAGAUAUGUGAGCUUUAGGGUGGCUGUGCAGUUUAUUAAUUUUUUUUUAUCACAAAUUUACAUUGUGAUCAAUAAGCUUUUUAGAUAUCUGAAAGGCUGUUAUACCUGAAAAGCUGUUUAAUACUAAAAUCAUACAAUGAAAGAGAACCAGAAACUCAGCUCAAGCUCUGUCAUUAAUGUAUCUGAUAGAUUUUAAUUUGUGUGUUUGAAGUGCUGCGAACAGUAAUAGGUAAUUUAUUUGCCAUGCUUCACAAGGUUAACUGGUAAUGCUAGGACCUUAAUAGUUGAAAAAAAUGAGAUUUGUUUGCUCUUGUUCAAUAUACAGUACAGUGAGUUAGGCAUGAAGGAAUAUGCACAGUCUUUCUCAUAACAACCUAUUUUUGUAACCAACCUUUUUUUAGCACAUGGAUACUAUGGUAAUAAAAUAGUCAACUACA